AUGUCCACCGCCGUGCCCCCCAGCUGCCAGGCCUUGCUGGAUGCUCAGGCACUGCCCGAGCUGCCCCAGCGCAACUGGGCCCUGAGCCAGGCCUGUGCCCCCUAUCAGCGCCUGAGUGCCCUGGGCAAGCCAGACGAGGGUGAGCGGGCAGUACCCAUCCGGCGCAUCUUGCCUCACCCCAAGUUUAACCCCAAGACGUUUCACGCGGACCUGGCGCUGCUGGAGCUCGCGGUGCCGCUGGCCCCAUCGCCCACGGUCAGCCCCGUGUGCCUGCCCAGCGGCCUCACGGAGCCCAACCCCGGCACCGCCUGCUACAUCGUGGGCUGGGGGUCCCUCUAUGAAGAGGGGCCAGCAGCCGAUGUGGUGAUGGAGGCGCAGGUGCCCCUGCUCAGCCAGGAGACAUGCCGGGGUGCCCUGGGCAGGGACCUGCUCACCAGCACCAUGACCAUGUUCUGUGCUGGGUACUUGUCUGGGGGCAUCGACUCCUGCCAGGGUGACUCGGGGGGCCCGCUGGCCUGCCAGGACCGUGUCGCUGCCUUCGCAGACUGGCUCAGCCUGCAGAUGGACUCUGCCCCCGGCAGCCGAGAACCGAGCUGCUUCGAGCUGCUGGCCCUGGCCCAGCUGCCCUCCGAGCAGCAGCCCCAUGAGCGUGCCCGCCUCUGCGCCUUCUAUGCUGCAUCCUGCCGGGCCCCGAAGGGCCGGGCCGCCUGUGCCCACCUGGCCGAGGAGACGUGCCAUGCCAGGAUGAGACGAUGUGAGCUGCACUCCUACGCCCAGACCUUGGUGGAUCUCCUGCGCCGGGCUGGGGACUUCAUCCGAAACCAGUUUGACUUCUCCUUCUUCACUCGUACUCUGCCCCAGCUCCUGGACAAGAUCUAUGGGCAUCUCUUCCCACCUCGUGUCCGCAGGGAUGCCCCAGGUCCAGCUGUGGCAAGGACCCAGCCCAGCUCCACGGCAGAGGGAUCCCGGAGACCACCUACCAGGAAGGGGGCUGGGUGGCCGCCCCCCUUCGCAGGGCUCUUCAGGGCUGUGGGACCCCGGCUGCAGGACUGGGUGGAGGCACUGAGGGCCAUGGUGGGGGGCAGCCCCCCGGCACCCACCCCGGAUGAGGGCCAGCUUCCCGGGGAGAUGUGGCUCUUCCUCCAGGUAUUAGGGGAGGGACGGGCUGGGGGGGACCCCUCACCAUGCAUCUGGCCAUGCCCAUGGGUGCCCCCUGGGUACCCCAUUGCCCACCCUGUCCUCCCUUCUCCUCAGCAGGGCGAGGAGAUGGUGGAGGAGCUGGUGAGACAGGGACGAGCCUUCCUCACCCAACUGCGGGCAGAGCUGGCCCUCAACACCCUCCCCGAAGCCACAGAGCCACAACGGGCACCUGGAGAGCUGGCAGGGACCCCCACGCCGAACCGGCCUGUACUGAGGGAGAAACGUGAACUGGUGCCCACAGAGCUGCUGGGGGUGGAGGAAGAGGAGGAGGAGGAGGCAGGCAUUGGCAGAGCCUGCCCCGGCCUCAACGAGUCGACAGCGCGAGUGGGCGCAGUGCGGGACCUGUACACAUGGGUGCUGCAGGUGCCUGAGACAGAGCUGGCCAUGACCUUCCAGGAGAUCCUGGUGGACUUGGGCUCCAAAAACGCCAAGGGGCUGUACCGGGCGCAGGUGCGGGCCAUGGUGGGGGGUCGGUCCACGGUGUUCACUGGCCUGGUGGGGCUGGAGAGCGACUCGCUGGCCCGCAGCAUGCCUGGCCUCGUUGCUCUGGCGCUCGAGGCGCUGAAAACCUAA